GUCUCCUUGGUGCCACCUUCCUGCCCUGCCCAAGUCCAAGUGAGCACUGUUUGUCCUCCCCCUCCUCCCCACCGGCCACCUGGAACUCCAUCCACUCUCCAUAAGUCCUGUGUCUCCGACUGAGCCCCUCCCCUUCUGACCUCUUCCUGUCCCACUGUGUCCACUUCACCACCUGCUGCCCAGUCUCCUUCCCUGACGUACUGGGGACCAGAGGGUGGCACCCGGUCCCGGAGGCCAGUGAUCCUGAAUAUGCCAUUGCCUGGAAUUGACUUCAAGAUCCGCACUGUGGACAUAGAGGGGAAGAAGAUCAAACUGCAAGUCUGGGACACGGCUGGCCAGGAGCGGUUCAAGACCAUCACCACUGCCUACUACCGCGGAGCCAUGGGCAUCAUCCUGGUGUACGACAUCACGGACGAGAAGUCCUUUGAGAACAUUCAGAACUGGAUGAAAAGCAUCAAGGAGAACGCCUCGGCUGGGGUGGAGCGGCUCCUGCUGGGGAACAAGUGUGACAUGGAGGCCAGGAGGAAGGUGCAAUGGGAGCGGGCAGACCAGCUGGCUCGCGAGCACGGGAUCCGGUUCUUUGAGACAAGCGCCAAGUCCAGCGUGAAUGUGGACGAGGCCUUCAGCUCCCUGGCCCGGGACAUCCUGCUCAAGUCGGGGGCCCGGAGGCUGGUGAGUAGGGAGAUGGCAGCCGGGCCCCCAGUGCCGCCCUGCAGCCCUGCAACAAGCGGGCCACCAAGUGCUCCCUGGGCUGAGCGCCGAGGAGGCCUGGACCUGAGCCCAGGGUGAGCAGAGGAGAGGAGGAGAGAAGAGGCCGGGCAAGGGCGGGAGGGCCAGGCAGCCUGGGCCUUCAGGUUUAUUCUGUUCCGCGCCAGCCUUGGGUCCUUCCAGAGGCUGCUCUGGAGACUUGUUCCUCCGCACAGUCCUGCUCAGUAUUAAAGGCUGCUGUGCGCAUCCACA